GAAUCUUGAGAAAUUCUGGACUUUCAAAACAUUUUUUCUUCUUAUCUUCUUUCAUAAGUGACUAAAUUUCUCACCUUACCUUGGUUUUGUAACUUGAAACUUUUUAGUGGUUAGUUGUUUAUGACAUACUGAUUAUGCUUUUGUGUUCAUCUUUUUACCCAGGUAGAGGUUGAUAUAUUGUUUGACUAUAUGGGGUCUAGAAAAAAACGAAUAACAUUUGAAGAUGAAACAGAACGAACAGGAAGAAGAAGGAGUAGCAGGAUUGUUGCUUUGGAAGAGAAGAAGAAGCAGGAAAGAGAGAGAAAGCUUGCACAAGCAUUGGAAAAUGACGUCAGAAACAAUGGAAAACACAAGGCAACAAUGGAGCUACGUGAUGAUGACAUGAGUGAUUCUAAUAACAAUGACGAUGAGGAGGGGCCAACCAAGAAGAGACACAAAAGCAAAGAACUAAAUCAAUUGAUCUCUUCAAUUAAGGCAUUAGAAAGACAAUUUCAGAAUGCAAAUACUUCUGGAACAAAUGUCUCAUCUCUGAAUGGUAUGCCCCUAAAGCAGAUCCUUGAAAUGAUCAUUGAUUUUUUACAAAGGAAAGACCUGCAUGAGCUAUUUGCCAAGCCAGUAAAUCAAAAGGUGGAGCAUCAUAAUGAAAUUGUGCAGCAGACAAUGGAUUUCGGUACCAUGAGGGCCAAACUUCACGAGGGCAUGUACACAGAUCUUGAACAGUUCAAGCGUGAUGUCUUUCUUAUAUGCUCCAAUGCAAUGAAUGCUAAUCCAGAAAACUCAAAAUAUCAUCAAGUGGCUGAAGAUAUAAGUAAGUAUGCUAAGUGGAUUUUUGAGGCUCUAAGUGCUGACCCCGAACAUUUUGAAUUGGAAUUUUCCCUCAACAAGAAACGCUCUGGUAGAAAGCCACAAAGUGGGCAAAGGAGAACCUCACAGAAGGUUUCUUCUAAACCUGCUGGGAGAAACAAGUCUAGUUCUGUUACAGUUCCUGAAACAGAAAAGAGGGACACGUAUUGCCCUCCAAGUAAGCCACUGGUUUCAGAAUUGAAGAAAAAUGCAACUACGUACAAAGAAAGUCCAUUGCGAAUUGUGGAAGAUACGGGACCGACUGCUGAAAAUAUUGCAGCCAAACAAAUAGAAGAAUAUCAGAGACAGAUUGAGCUCCUUAAAAAUGAUACUCUCAAUGCUCAGACACUUGCUCUUUCCCCUUGCAAAAUCUUUUUGGAUUUAUGCUGUUAG